AAAGAAAACUCUUAGAAGCAAAAUCAUAAAAAAAAAUGGGUUUGAAGUACUCAUGGAGGUUUCUUGCACUUGUUUUUAUGGUUGUAAUUGCUAACUUCCAUGGCCUCAAUUAUGCAGAAAAAGGUAUUAAAUUUGAAGAAAAGCAGAUAGUCACUUUUUCUCAUAGUGAUAUGCCUGCUCCAAAAUAUAGUUUUAUCCAAGAAGCAACCUCAGCUCCAGAAGUCUCAUUCUACGACUACAUAGUCAUCGGCGGAGGGACGGCCGGUUGUCCAUUGGCGGCAACAUUGUCGGCACGAGAUGCAAAAGUUUUAGUCUUGGAAAGAGGGGGAUCGCCCUACACCAACACCACCAAGAUUAGGAUGGAAAACGUCAUCUCCACUCUUACCGACGACUCUCCCAAUUCAAUCUCUCAAUCAUUCAUAUCGGAGGACAGAGUUCCUGGCAACCGAGCACGCGUCCUUGGCGGCGGAACAGUCAUUAAUUUAGGGUUUUACUCGCGUGCCGAGACACUCUUCCUAAAAGAAGCAGGUAUAGAUGAAGCAUUAGCAAAUGAGUCUUACGAGUGGGUUGAAAAGAAGAUAGUGUACAAGCCGGGUGCGUUUCAAUGGCAAACCGCUGUGAGAAACGGGUUGCUUGAAGUUGGGGUUCUGCCCGAUAAUGGAUUUACGUAUGCUCAUCUAAAUGGGACUAAAACUAGUGGAACUAUUUUUGAUAAAAAUGGGAAUCGACAUACUGCCGCUGAUUUGCUUGAGUAUGCUAAUCCAACCAUGAUUAAGGUUUACUUGCAUGCUGUUGUGCACAAGAUCACAUUUACCAUUAAAGAUGGACAGAGACCAAAAGCUGAUGGGGUAAUAUUUUACGAUGCAAAUGGAGGAAGGCACAUUGCAUACUUAAAACAUGAGUCAAACAAUCGCAGUGAGAUCAUAUUGUCGGCAGGUGCGAUUGGCAGUCCACAAUUGCUAAUGCUGAGCGGCAUUGGUCCCACCGCUAGGCUUCGGUCACUGGGCAUCAAAGUGGUGUUAGACCAGCCUAUGGUAGGCCGAGAGAUGGCUGAUAAACCAUUAAACGGUCUUAUAAUUCCUUACCCAACGCACAUCCCUCUCUCCCUAGCUACAGUUGUGGGCAUCAACAAAACCAGUAACUACUUUGAAUCCUUAAACGGCUUUGAUCUUUCUGCCCUUUCUGGUUCCGGUGGCGCUCAGCCCCAAACCUCCAACCCAUCACAAGAAGCAAUGGCCAAUUCAACCCGAAACCAAGCGUUUCUCGUACAGACCAUCUUCGGUCCAAUCUCAAAGGGUUAUCUUGAGCUUCAAAACACAAAUGCAAGUGACAACCCUAAGCUAAGGUUUAACUACUUCCAGGCAGCAGUGGACUUAAGGAGGUGCGUCAGUGGCAUGCAAACCGUCAUCAACGUCGUAAAUUCCGAUUCGUUGUCGAGAUUUCGUUUUAGAAACAUGACAACACAAGAUCUUAUAAAUAUGACGGUGAACAGGGCAGGGAACCUGAGACGAAGAAAUCCCAAUGCGACAACUUCCUUGGAACAAUAUUGCAUAGACACUGUGAUGACGUUUUGGCAUUACCAUGGAGGGUGCCAAAUUGGGAAGGUUGUUGAUAAGGAUUACAAGGUCCUUGGAUUGGAUCAACUCAGGGUUAUAGAUGCCUCUACCUUUAGUUUCUCCCCUGGGACUAAUCCUCAGGCCGCAAUUAUGAUGCUUGGAAGAAGCAUGGGACGAAGGAUUCUGCAAAGUCGAAGAAGAUGAUCUAAUCUGGUUUCAUACAAGUUGGCAUGAGAAUUUGAAGUUGGGGAAAAAUAAGUGGAAUAAAGGAAACAUUUGUAUACUUAAUUAAGUGCAACUGCCUACUGGUACAUAUUGGACUUCUUCUUUUUUACUGUUUACUGUGCUUAAUAAAGAGGAGAUGAAAACCUCGGUAGAAACUAAAAGCAAAUGAGAUUACUCAAUUUCAGUCCAUUUUGGAGUGCUGAGCGGCUUUCUCAUAUAUUUGGGUGCAUAGAGUUAAUUUAUAUUUGCUCCUGAUAAAUUAUGUUACGAGGAAAGCGCGAAACAGGCUAAUAGUCAAAAUAUUGUAAUAGCCGGAAUAAAAUAAUUUAAAUAAAAUGUGAGUGGAUCCAAUCAUUGUGGCAGAAAGAGAGUAUGGAAGACACGCGUCGGGCACUACACUAACACUGUACACGGAGAAGAAAAAUCAAGGAAACAGUAACACCAUGUCGGUUAGGUGUACUGGCUAAUCGGUGAGCCUCACUUAUUACGCCUUUAAUCCGUUGUUUGGUUCAAUGUAUUGCUAUUACGGGACUAAACCAUUACUGACCUAAUCGGUGAAAUCCACCGAUUUCUAAUGCCUUCCUUUUGCAUCUAAACUCGAUUUCUAAUGCCUUCCUUUUGCUCAGUUUAGAUGCUGCUUCAGUUUACCCUCCCUGUUUUACCCUCCAAGUCUUCUUCUUUUCAGCUCCCUCUCUGAACAAGUCUUUAACACCCAUUUCCCGUUUCCCCUCUUCCCCAAAUCAGAAUCCCUAACCCCGUGCCCAAAUGCCCUACUCCCUUUUUCCUCAAUUCAAAAAUCAACCUUCACCUCCGGCACCAAUCCACCUCCACCGAUCCACCUCCGGUCCUUCACGGCUCCACCCAUUUCCAGAAUCAGAGGUUAGAGCGAAGCUACAAACGUCUUCUACCUUUGAAUUUCAAAGCCUAUAUCAGUUACAGAUGAAGAAAUUACCGAGAUGGUAUUGUUUCCAACGAUUAACGAGGCAUGUCGUGUUUUGGAUGAGGGUGUCGUUGCUCGAGCAUAAGACCUUGAUGUUGCAUCUAUACUCGGAAUGAGCUUCCCAUCCUACUGCUUUGGUUGCAGUGGUGGUAUCAUGUUCUGGGCAGAUACAGUUGGGUCGAAGCAUAUCUAUUUGAGCCUCAAGAAAUGGUCAGAAAGGUACGGUAGCUACUUUAAACCAUCGAGAUAUUUGGAAGAAAGAGCCAUGAAAGGCAUGCCACUGAGUGUUGCAGUAGAAGCAAAAUCAUCUCUAAAAUCGAACUCAAAGUUGUAGUCCGACAAAAUAAUGGCGACGAUUGGAUGAAAAGCAGUGUAAUACAUAAGUCUACUUAUUGCACGCAAAACUUAAAAAAGGAAAAAGAAAUUGGUGUUUGUCCUAGUUUCUGCUAGGAUUCAGUUAAUUUUUGUAAGGCUAGUUUCUGCUUAGUUUAUUUUGUAAGGCUAUAUAUAUAGCUAAGAAUGUUUCAAUUUCUAUGCAUCAAAUUUCUCCCA